CAAUUUCCAGAUAGCUUCUCACUCGCCAAAUUGAACACACCAUCAAAAGGGGUCACUUCACUGUUGGGCUGCCCUUGUCUAUCUUGACCUCAACUUCCUCAAUUAUGUCAAAGGCAUGGGAUAGAAAGCGCACAUGUCAAUCACACUCAAGGAUAGAUAAUUUAGCGUUCCAUCACAACAUAAACUAAAAACAAAUGAAGGAUAUAGCUAAUAAAUAAGUAAAACCGACGCUCGUCAAGCACAGUUUGCUGCGAUCGUGCGAGCGGCAUCACCGAUUGGUUGCGCGGAUGUGGUCACAACAGGCAGUCAAAACCUUAUUAUAGCAGUUAGAGUAGUGGUUUAAUACAUGUAUGUCCACAUUAUACAUCGAUCAAAAAUAAUUAGACAUUCGAGAUAUGUCUGCAUCCAAAGAUACAACCUUACAUUUGAGCACUUUUCUUCCGUUCUUGCUUGGCAUUAGUAAAAAUCCAAAAAUUAAAGUAUUGACAUAAGCUAUAUAGAUUAUGCACUACAUGUAUUGCGUUUUGGGACAGCUUUUUAGGUAGUAUCAUCCUUGUCCUUCUGCACAUACACAGGUGCCAUGGCUGCAAUUCAUUAACAAAGUGGUCGAUCCUUGGAUGCCGUGCUCUGCCCUCUCCUGUCGCCACAACUUUCCUGCCUACUGCCUAGCACCCUCCUCACCUUCUUGGCAUGAUGAUGGAUGGGAAUGAUGCUCUCUAGGCUGGGUAGCCAAAAAGGCUACUGAGCAAUUAAUGUUUUUUUUUGAGGAAUUAAUGGCUUCUUCUUGUUUCUUCACCUUCGGUUGCUCCUACAUGAAUGACUAAAAUCACAACCCAAUUUGAGCAAAGUUGGCUGCCUCCACAUGGCUACAAUUCCUUCUCCAGUUCUGCUCCUCGGUGAUUGGUUGUUCCUCUCCCCGUUUCCACUGCAAGACGAGUCACAAGAGUAGACUGUAACCAAAAAAACAAAAAGGAAAAGGAAAAACCACCACUAAGAUUUCUGACCCAGCAAACGAAAAGGAGCUCACCGAUGGAGGGCGGCGAGUACUGCGGCAAGAAGGCGAGGGUGGAGGUGAAGCGAGAGGAGGGAGCAGUGAUGCAAGACGGAGGCGAAGGAGGGAGGGCCGUGGUGGCGGCGGAAGCCAUGGCGGAACCGCAGAUGGACGUUAGGAUCGACGCGGCCUUAUUCCACUGUCAGGCCUGCCUUCUCCCCCUCAAACCCCCCGUGUUCAAGUGCCGCGCGGCCGGGCACAUCCUGUGCUGCUACUGCCGGUGCGGCCACGGCGACAUCUGCAGCCGCGCCGACACCCACUGCGGCGAGCUGGACAUCAUCAUUGGCGCCGCCAAGGUGCCGUGCGCCUACAAGGUGUUCGGCUGCGAGAGCUACGUCGUGUACCACGAAGCCGCGGGCCACCGCCGCGCGUGCCCCUGCUCGCCCUGCUCGUGCCCGGAGCCCGGCUGCGCCUUCCUCGGCUCCCGCGCCAUGCUUCUCGACCACGUCGCCGUCGACCACGCGCGCCCCGCCGUCGCGGUCCGCUACGGCCGGUCCUGUAACCUGAGCCUCCCCCUGUCGCGGCGCUGGCACGUCCUCGUCGGCGAGGAGGAAGACGACCGGAGCGUGUUCCUCGUGUCCCUGGGCGAGCUCGGCGUGGAGGCCACCGCCGUGUCGCUGGUGUGCGUCAGGGCGGACGAUGGUGCUGCCACGGCCGUGGCGCCGCGGUUCUGGUGCAAGCUCUCCGUGGAGCUCCCCGGAGUCGACAAGGACAAGCUGGUCCUCAUGGCGUCCGACGUGAGCAGCAGCGCUCUGUCCGGCGGCGCGCCGGAGCCUGGUCAAGGGAUGUUCUUGGCGGUGCCUCGGGAGUUGCUCCCCGGAGACAUGCUCACGCUCAGCGUCCGCAUUGACCUGGUCCAACCUGCCGCCGCCGCCCGCAAGUCGGCGACACCGCAAUCUAGGACAUCGAGGAAGAUGCAUUGACGUCUCACGUCUUCGUUUGAUCUUCUCCAUGUCAUGAAUGAAUGUCUGAAUGAUGAUCAGUAUGCGUUUGUUAAGCUACUACGUCGUUCUUCUGAUUUAUGACGCUUCGCCGUUUAAUUUAGCAGCAAUAGAGCAGUUUGACUCAGUAGUAAUGCAGCUGCCGGUUUGUAGUGCAACGAAUGUAGUCCUGAAAUAUGUGACGGAACAUGAAGCAGAGUUUUCAUGUAUGUAACCUGAAGCAGAGUGCAUUCUGUGAAUCAUUUUCUUCUACUCCCUCGGUCCUGAAAUAUGUGACGGAAGGAGUACUUUAUCUUACUGUACUGUAUAAGGUUGGUAGUUAUAUGUUCCGAUUCUUCAGUGGGUUUCUUCACAUGAAAGGAACCGUUGCAAAUUAUUUUGGUCAGACUGAAAUGAAUUGGAUGCAUGUAAAUA